AUCUCCUGAGUGGGUUUUUCUCCUCUGUUUUAUUUCUCUAAUAGCCCUAGAUUCAAGGAGAUAAAACUGCUCAAAUCAGGUGGAGAUUUGCUCUGCUUCAUUGGUUUUUUGUUUUGUUUGAGUUAGUGACUUUAUCUAUUUCUUCUUCGCCAAAAGACGAGAUUUUUAAAACAAAUUUCGUCUUUUUCAAAUUCUCGUGUCAAAUUGAGACAUUUGGGUUGCUUUGAUUGGAUUUCGUAGACUCUAUUGAUCUUCAGAUCGUGUCGAGAUUUAGCUGCUAUUGUGGGGUUUAGAAUCCUUCUCUUUACCGGAUUCUCAGGUUAUAAAUCUCCUUUACUUCUUUCAAUGAAGUUGUUCGAUGAAUUGGCUACAUUUUAGGUACUCCAGGUGCAGUUUUGUGGCACUAAUUCGUCUUGUGAAUCAACAAGUCGAGUGAUUUUGAUUGUGGAAGGUAGUAAUUUUUAGUUGACCCUCACAAUGAAAAGAGUAAAAAGCGAAUCUUUUAGAGGAGUUUAUAGUUCUAGGAGGUUCAAGUUGUCACAUUUCUUACUAGCUAUAGCAGGGUUUUACUUGGUUUUCUUAGCUUUUAAGUUCCCACAUUUCAUUGAGAUGGUUGCUAUGUUGAGUGGUGAUACUGGUUUAGAUGGGGCAUUAAGUGAUACUAGUUUAGAUGUUAGUUUAAGCGGAUCGUUACGUAAUGACAUGUUGAAUAGGAAGCUAGAAGAUGAAGAUCAUCAAAGUGGGCCUUCUACUACUCAGAAGGUGUCACCAGAAGAGAAGAUUAAUGGAUCUAAACAGAUUCAGCCACUUCUGUUUCGGUAUGGUCGAAUAUCAGGAGAGGUCAUGAGACGUAGGAAUAGGACUAUUCAUAUGUCACCUUUUGAAAGAAUGGCAGAUGAGGCUUGGAUACUUGGAUCCAAGGCUUGGGAAGAUGUUGAUAAGUUUGAGGUUGAUAAGAUCAACGAGAGUGCUUCUAUAUUCGAAGGAAAGGUGGAGUCAUGUCCUUCUCAGAUCUCAAUGAAUGGAGAUGACUUGAAUAAAGCCAAUAGGAUCAUGUUGCUUCCCUGUGGUCUUGCUGCAGGAUCUUCUAUUACAAUUCUUGGAACUCCACAGUAUGCUCAUAAAGAAUCUGUUCCUCAGCGUUCGAGAUUGACAAGAAGCUAUGGAAUGGUUUUGGUUUCACAAUUUAUGGUUGAGUUGCAAGGGCUGAAGACAGGGGACGGUGAAUACCCCCCUAAGAUUCUUCAUUUGAACCCUAGGAUCAAAGGUGAUUGGAAUCACCGACCAGUCAUUGAACACAAUACAUGUUAUAGGAUGCAGUGGGGGGUUGCUCAAAGAUGUGAUGGUACUCCAUCCAAGAAGGACGCAGACGUGCUUGUUGACGGAUUCCGAAGAUGUGAAAAGUGGACGCAGAAUGACAUAAUUGACAUGGUGGACUCAAAGGAAUCAAAGACAACAUCAUGGUUCAAACGGUUUAUAGGACGUGAACAAAAACCAGAAGUCACUUGGUCAUUCCCUUUUGCGGAAGGCAAGGUCUUUGUCCUAACUUUGCGAGCUGGAAUUGAUGGUUUCCAUAUUAAUGUUGGUGGAAGACAUGUGUCUUCAUUCCCUUAUCGACCGGGAUUUACCAUAGAAGAUGCCACAGGGCUGGCAGUUACAGGAGAUGUUGAUAUUCAUUCUAUUCAUGCUACUUCUCUUUCAACAUCUCAUCCGAGUUUCUCACCGCAGAAAGCUAUAGAGUUUUCUUCAGAAUGGAAAGCUCCUCCAUUACCUGGCACUCCUUUUCGCCUUUUCAUGGGUGUUCUCUCUGCAACUAACCAUUUUUCAGAGCGCAUGGCAGUGAGAAAGACAUGGAUGCAACAUCCUUCUAUUAAAUCUUCAGAUGUAGUAGCCCGAUUCUUUGUUGCACUUAAUCCAAGAAAGGAAGUUAAUGCAAUGCUAAAGAAGGAGGCUGAAUAUUUUGGAGAUAUUGUGAUUCUGCCCUUUAUGGAUCGAUAUGAGCUAGUGGUCCUUAAGACAAUUGCCAUUUGUGAAUUUGGGGUCCAGAAUGUGACAGCGCCAUAUAUAAUGAAGUGUGACGAUGAUACCUUCAUCAGAGUGGAAUCAAUUUUGAAACAAAUCGAUGGAGUCUCUCCAGAAAAAUCACUUUAUAUGGGGAAUCUAAAUCUUAGACAUCGUCCUCUUAGAACUGGCAAGUGGACAGUUACAUGGGAGGAGUGGCCAGAAGCUGUGUAUCCUCCUUAUGCCAAUGGACCCGGAUACAUAAUCUCAAGCAACAUUGCUAAAUAUAUUGUUUCUCAGAAUUCAAGACAUAAGCUUAGGCUAUUCAAGAUGGAAGAUGUGAGCAUGGGAUUGUGGGUGGAGCAAUUCAACGCCUCUAUGCAGCCUGUCGAAUACUCACACAGCUGGAAAUUUUGCCAAUACGGAUGCACACUGAACUAUUACACUGCACAUUAUCAAUCUCCGAGUCAAAUGAUGUGCCUGUGGGAUAAUUUGUUGAAAGGUCGACCACAAUGUUGCAAUUUCAGAUGACCAAAACAUAGCACUAGCCGGAAGAUAUUACAGGAUUACAGAUUUGGCACCACCUUAACCCAUUUUGUAAUUUUUCCUCUUUGGUGCUAGUUGCUUACAUUUACACAUUCAAGAUAACAAUCUCUUAUUGUACAUUGAUUAGGAUUUUGUCUAAGAAAGAGAUUUACACUGAUAUCUAAACAAAUUCUU